UGCUAAGACAAUAGAGAGAGAAGAGAGGGAAAAAAAAUAGAGAGAGAGAGACAAGCUGGGUUCAACCUUUUAACAAAGACUUCCCUUUUCACAACUCCAUUUCUCUUAUUCUUCUCCACUCAACAAUUUCACCAUCUACAAAAACACUAACACAAAAACAGCUAAAACCCAUCUGUAUUUUAGCUUUCUUGAUUUUGUUGGAUCCAUAGAUCUAACACUUUGAUAAACCCACAAAAAAUAUUUCUUUGUUUGGCUGUUAAAGUUAGUAGCUUUGAAGAACAAGUCAAAUUACAACAAGAGCAUACUUACUGUGUUGUAAAGUAGAGGAGGACGCAAAUCAUUCUGAAGUUCCUGGGUCAGAGUUCUUUUGGGCACCUAUUAAAUGUGGACUAUUUGGAGGGUUUUUAGAUGAGAUGAGGGAUGUUAUCUGGGUUGAUGAACUUUUUGAGGGCCUGCUUCCGGCCGAGGCCUGAUCGAUAUGUUCACACAAAUUCAGAUACUGGUGGUCGCCAAGACGGGCUAUUGUGGUAUAAAGAUCACGGGCAGCACGUAAAUGGUGAAUUUUCUAUGGCAGUGGUGCAGGCCAACAAUUUACUUGAGGAUCAGAGUCAGCUUGAGUCAGGAAGCUUGAGCCUAAACGACUCUGGCCCAUAUGGUACUUUUGUUGGUGUUUACGAUGGACAUGGAGGGCCUGAGACAUCUCGCUAUGUCAAUGAUCACCUCUUCCAGCAUCUCAAGAGGUUUACUUUGGAGCAACAAUCGAUGUCGGUGGAAGUGAUAAGGAAGGCAUUUCAAGCAACAGAAGAGGGUUUUCUCUCUCUCGUUACCAAACAGUGGCCUAUGAAACCACAAAUUGCAGCAGUUGGUUCCUGCUGCCUGGCCGGUGUUAUCUGUAACGGAACCCUUUACAUUGCCAGCCUUGGUGAUUCACGUGCUGUUUUGGGUAGAGUUGUGAAGGCAACGGGGGAAGUUCUGUCUAUUCAGCUAUCUGCUGAGCACAAUGCUUGCAUAGAGUCUGUGAGACAGGAGCUGCAGGCUUUGCAUCCUGAUGACCCCCAUAUUGUAGUAUUAAAACACAAUGUAUGGCGUGUAAAAGGUCUUAUACAAGUUUCCAGAUCUAUUGGUGAUGUAUAUUUGAAGAAGGCCGAGUUCAACAGGGAACCUUUAUAUGCUAAGUUCCGACUCCGAGAACCUUUCAAAAAGCCAAUAUUGAGCUCAGAACCGUCAAUUUCAGUGCACCAGCUGCAGCCUCACGAUCAAUUUGUUAUAUUUGCCUCUGAUGGCCUUUGGGAGCACCUAAGCAAUCAAGAAGCAGUUGAUAUAGUUCAAAAUCAUCCACGCAAUGGAAGUGCAAGGAGGCUGGUAAAAGCUGCCUUGCAAGAAGCAGCAAAGAAGAGAGAGAUGAGAUAUUCAGACUUGAAGAAGAUCGACCGUGGUGUGCGUCGACAUUUCCACGAUGACAUUACUGUGAUUGUUGUGUUUCUUGACUCAAAUUUCGUAAGCAGGGUUAGCUCAGUCAAGUGCUCGAAUAUAUCUGUUAGAGGGGCUGGAGUCAGUCUGCCUCCCAACACACUGGCUCCUUGUACCACACCAACGGAAGCUGGCAGUAUGUGAUGAAGCUGUAUCUCAUGUUCCUGUCUCUUGUAUUAUUCUCAUGUGAAUACCAGGUAGCUUCUGAAAGAGAUAAAGAGGAGCCACCCUUCAAUUCUUUAAUGCACACUGUAACUUUUAACUGGAACUCAUACUUGAAUUUAGCUUAUGUGCGAAAAACCCUAGAACUGGAGAAGUACAAGGUGACAAUUAUUAUAGUUAUUUCUUGGGAAGUUUUCUGCC